UGAGAUACUAUUUACUCUCUAACAUUAGUUAAAUUAUCUAACUAGAAAAUGAAGUGUUCGUUUAUUUUACAUAACAUCAAUAACUCUACACUUAAUACAGUACAGUAUACGAUUUUCAUCUAUUUUUCAGUUUCCGUGAAUGGAAAAUUCUGCAAAGACCCAAAAUACGUGAAAGCUGAAGACUUUUUUACCUCUGUACUAAACAUUGCCGGAAACACCAUAAACCGUGCCGGCUCCAACGUUACAAACGUUAACGUUGACAAAAUCCCUGGACUCAACACCCUCAGAGUGUCUCUUGUCCGAAUUGACUUUACCCCGGGAGGUCAAAACCCGCCACACACCCACCCACGAGCCACCGAGAUCCUCGUGGUUGUCGAAGGAACACUCUUAGUCGGGUUUGUGACAUCGAACCAAGACAACAACAGAUUGUUCUCAAAGGUUCUUUACCCGGGAGACGUAUUUGUGUUUUCCAUAGGAAUGAUACAUUUUCAAGUAAACGUUGGGAGAACGAACGCGGUUGCGUUUGCUGGUCUUGGUAGCCAAAAUCCAGGUACGAUAACAAUAGCAGACGCGGUUUUUGGAUCGAAGCCUUUGAUUAUGCCGGAGAUGUUAGCUAAAGCGUUUCAGCUGGAUGUGAACGUGGUUAGAUUUCUCGAGGCAAGGGCGGAUCUGUUGUUUGCUUCAUCUUCUCCGGAGUGGAGGCUGGCUAGAAACGGCGCGGAUGCGACCGGCUUUUGGAAAACCAAUGAGGUCAAAGAACUAUCAGAAGAUGUUGGGCUUAAGCUUGAGGUUGUAUCUGCGGAAGGAGAAAGCUACAUCAUUCCAGUCAGUCUAGUUGAAAAGUUCUUUGGUGUGUCUGAUCCCAACAGUCAGAUUGUUGGCUUCCUCUAUGGCUAUGAAGAGAGAAAGAUCUAUUGUACAGUGAUUGUGCCACAAUGGGAAUAUCUUCAACAGUUUCACGUUGUUUCACCUAUCCCUCAAGAUCAGAUUCCAGAUGGCUUAAAACCAAUUGGUUUCAUACGUAUACAAAGUGAAGAGAUAAACACUUUGACGCCUUUGGACAUUCUCUUCCACUGCUCACAACAUUUGGAUGAGAAUGCCGUGAUUGCCACUUUAUCUCUAGCUUUAGAAAGGAGACUGAAGAUGUACUAGCUUACUCAUGAAGCUUUUCAGUGGGGCAUAGCAAACAAAGGCAAAGCAUAUACCACCAUCGACCUGAAGAGCUUUCCACCUCAUUUUAUGUGACGUUGUUCCUUCCCUUGUCACUUUAAAGGAUGCAGGUCACUUCAUGGUGAGUGAUAUUUUGAUGUUUCUGUGACACUGACAUAUUGUGUGCUAAUAAGUUUGAAUUUUCGCA